AUGAAAAUUUCCGGCUUUUUGCUUUCUAGCGUUUCUUUUGCUCAAAGAAUAAACCUCCGAAACUUGACGGACAGCAUCUCCCACUGGGACGACCUCAUCGACGAUACUCCAACCCAACACUGGUCAGACCGACCAACUCAAGGCAGUGAGAGCUCUGAAGAUCGCCCCAUCGACAACCUCCAGCUCGGAAAAACAGAAGAAAGCGAGGAGAGACUGAUCUUUCCCCUCUCAGAAGAAGAUCAAGAAAAACGAUAUCUUUCGGAUGUCGAGAAAAACACCUGUUUUGACUGCCGAGGAACAACCGCCAUUGACUGCCUUCAAUGGGGAAGAAAAGUCGACUGCUACGACCACGAGGUCUGCCAAGUAGUGGAACGAAGAAGAGGAGGAAAAUCAUACUUUAUCGAGGCAAAAUGCAAGCAAAAAUUCGCCGCAUGCCAAAUCAACCAGCAACAAAACAACAAGACCCACGGAAUCAAUGAGCUGACAGAGUGCCACAAUCAACAAUUUGACCUAAAUGGAGCAGAGAUCCCUUCAACUUGCCGGCAAUGUGCUUCGGAUGUUCGCACAAUGACACAAUUUAUCGCGGAAAUUUCUCGAUUUGACGAAUUUAACGACAAAUCAGAGAAUCCGAGCGAAAAUGAUAUUUACGAAAAUUUGGUGGAUAUUAUGUUCCAAAUGGACAGUGGAUUUGGCCAGUGUGUGUUUUUGUUGGACAAGGGAAACUUUAAUCUGUUUCUUAAUAAGUUGAAGAGAUAUGUGGUUAUUAACUCGAUGAAUUUUCUAAGAGACGAAAUUCCACUGAUAUCAAGCCUGGAAAAGGCCUCAAUCGAAGACUGGCGAGCUAUUUCAAAUGUGGUCAUUUUCUGCGCUGUUCAGCACUCCUCAUGCCAACAAUCGCUCAUCGAGAUCCUCCAAAAAAUGCCGGAAUCUCGCCAAAAAGAAAUCAUGGAAAAAAUGAACACGCUCCGAAAUCAACACUCGCUAAACGACGAACUAAGCGCGGAGAUUUACAAACAGACCCAAAGAGCUGAUCAAUGCGAGCUGGAAAAUGAGCAGCUGAGGGAAGAAAUAACGAGGUUGCGAUCAAAAGCGGAGAAUUUGAACAGAGAGAAGGCGUUUAUCGCGGAUUCUUGUGAGCAGACGGUUUUGGAGAUUCGCUCGAAAUUGGAGUCUGUGAGGGAAGAGCUGCUAAGGACGGAGCAUCAGUUUGAGGAAGAAAGAUUGAUAAGGGAGGAGCUGGAAAAAUCAGAAGAAUCGAUCCGACAAUCACUUUCUCAAAAAGAAGAAGACUUCCAAACAACCCUAUCUGAGCUUCAAAAGUCUCAUGUUCAGCGAGCCGAAUUUGAAGAGCUUCAAAAAGAAUACGACAACCUGCAAAAUGAGUUUGAAAUCAUCAACGUCAAUUAUGUCGACAAAAGUCUUGAAUACGACGAUUUACAAGAAGAAAUGAAGAAAUUAAAGAAAGAAUGCAGCUUCGCGAAAAAUCUCAAAAAAGAAAACAAAAAUUUAAAAAUCCAGCUCGAGGAACUCAUUUGGUCGCACGAAAACGAGCUCGCCGAGAAAGAACACUUCAUGGAAGAUCGAAUCAAAACACUAGAAAAUCUGCUCGAAGAAUCACAUGACGAAAACGAGCGACUUUCAGAAGAGCUUUUGGAUCUCCGCGAUUUCGAAAUUGAAAAGUCGCUUUCUGCAGAACUCGGGAAAAUCGACAAAAGCCCCGAUUUUGAAAGAGUCAUCGAGCCAGUUUCAGGUUAG